AUGCCGUCUGAAAAAGAAGAAGAUCCUAUGAAGAAUGUAACGUUUCAUAAAAACAAAAAAUUUGGUGAUUGGAUCAUUGGAGAUGUUUUAGACGAAGGAGGAUUUGGAAAAGUGUAUCAUGUAACUAACAUUCAUGAUCCGAGCAAAGUGGCAGCAUUGAAAGCAGAAUCAAAUGAUAUUGAAGGUGGAUCUGCUAUCAAAUUAGAAGCAAUGAUUCUGAAUAGAUUGAACGAGAAUGGACCAGUUCCACAUAUUCCGAUAGUUUAUUUAUGUGCAAAACGUAAACUGUACUGUUACAUGGUGAUGACGUUGCUUGGGAAGAAUCUACGAAAACUGAAGACACUGAAUACGGUGAUGAAUAAUGGAUUCACACGUGGAACAUGGAGUCGCAUUGGUAUUCAAUGUCUUUAUGCUAUAAAAUAUGUUCAUGAUAACGGAUUCGUUCAUCGUGAUAUCAAACCACAAAACUUCCUAUUAGGCUAUGAAAAAGAAAAAGAAAGGGCUAGAAUUGUGCAUAUUUUGGAUUUCGGAUUGGCGAGACCAUUUGCUACAUAUUUUGCUCGAGAGAAGAAAUGGAUUGCUCGGAAAGCACGUGGUUCAGCAGAGUUUCGUGGAACUCUUCGCUAUACUUCUCCUAAUGUUCAUCUUCGAAAAGAACAAGGACGUGGUGAUGAUGUAUGGUCAUUACUGUAUGUUCUUAUUGAGCUGAACGGAGGAAAAGCUCUCCCGUGGCAAAAUGAUUCUCAACGUGAACGUGUUGAACAGAUGAAAUUGAAUCUCCCAGCGAAAGUAGUCAUGUCGAAUAUGCCUGGUUGUAUGGAUAAAGUGAUGCCUCAUUUAGAAACACUUGACUACUAUCAAAGACCCGAUUAUCAUUUGUUUUUCAAAGCAUUGUGGCAAGUUAUGGAAAAUGAGAAAAUAACACCAAACUCCAAGUAUGAUUGGGAACCUGACAAUGUUGAUCCGAAAUCAUAUCCGACUGCUGCUUGGGAAAACCCGUCUGGUUCGUUUUUCCAAUUGGAUCCAAUUGGAAUCAAUACUCCACCGACGCCAGCUGAAACAGCAUUGACUACUGAAAAAAGUGGAAAGACCAAAAAAUCAAAGAAAUGA